CUCGGGGCGAGAGAGCGGGCAGCCGGCGGCGGCACUGACGGGCGUGGGGCUGCGCGCUUUCUUUCUCGGCCGGCGGCACGGUGCUUUCCGGCUGCCGUCAAGCGCGGCAGCGGGCCGCGGGCGGGGGUCCAGGGGCUGCCAUGGCUGCGGCGGGCGCGCUGCCGAGUUCCUGGGUGCUGCUGGCGCCGCUGCUUGGGGGCCUCGCGCUGCUGGGAGUCGGGCCGGUCCCCGCGCGGGCGCUGCACAACGUCACGGCCGAGCUCUUUGGGGCCGAGGCCUGGGGCACCCUGGCGGCCUUCGGAGACCUCAACUCUGACAAGCAGACGGACCUCUUCGUGCUGCGGGAAAGAAAUGAUUUAGUCAUCUUUUUGGCAGACCAGAACGCACCCUAUUUUAAACCCAAAGUAAAGGUAUCCUUGAAGACUCACAGUGCACUGAUAACAAGUGUAGUCCCAGGGGAUUAUGACGGAGAUUCACAAAUGGAUGUCCUUCUGACAUAUUUUCCCCAAAAUCAUGAGAAGAAUAAAUUAGGAGCUGUUAUCUUCUGGGGACGAAACCAAACAUUAGAUCCUAACAAUAUGACCAUACUCAAUAGGACUUUUCAAGAUGAACCACUAAUUAUGGACUUCAAUGGUGAUUUAAUUCCUGAUGUAUUUGGUGUCACAAAUGAAUCCGACCAGCCACAGAUACUAUUAGGAGGGAAUUUAUCAUGGCAUCCUGCAUUGACCACUAAAAACAAAAUGCGAGCUCCACAUUCUCAUGCCUUUAUUGAUCUGACUGAAGAUUUUACAGCAGAUUUAUUCCUCACGACAGUGUCUGCCUCCAGUACCGUCCAGUUUGAGAUAUGGGAAAAUUUGGAUGGAAAUUUCUCUGUCAGUACUGUAUUUGAAAAACCUCAAAAUAUGAUGGUGGUUGGACAGUCAGCAUUUGCAGACUUUGAUGGAGAUGGACACAUGGAUCACUUACUGCCAGGCUGCGAAGAUAAAAACUGCCAGAAAAGCGUCAUUUACUUAGUGAGAUCUGGAACAAAGCAGUGGGUUCCAGUCUUACAGGACUUCAGCAAUAAGGGCACACUCUGGGGCUUUGUGCCAUAUGUGCAUGAAGAAUCACCAACUGAAAUACCAAUUCCAAUUACCCUUCAUAUUGGAGACUACAACAUGGAUGGCUAUCCAGAUGCUCUUGCCAUACUGAAGAAUACAUCUGGAAGCAAUCAACAGGCCUUUUUACUGGAGAAUGUCCCUUGUAAUAAUGCAAGCUGUGAGGGGGCACAUCGCAUGUUUAAAGUCUACUGGGAGCUGACGGACCUAAAUCAAAUCAGAGAUGCUGUGGUUGCCACCUUCUUUGACAUUUACGAAGAUGGAAUCUUGGACAUUGUAGUACUAAGUAAAGGAUAUACAAAGAACGAUUUUGCCAUCCAUACACUAAAAAAUAACUUUGAAGCAGAUGCUUAUUUUGUUAAAGUCAUUGUUCUUAGUGGUCUCUGUUCUAAUGACUGUCCUCGUAAGAUAACCCCCUUUGGAGUAAAUCAGCCUGGACCUUAUAUCAUGUAUACGACUGUAGAUGCAAAUGGAUAUCUGAAAAAUGGUUCAGGAGUUCCUCUUAUCCAGUUUUCAGUUCUGUCUUGGGUAAUUUUUCCACAAGUAGUUGUAAAUUGGCUGUGUCCGCGGGAGGAGGUGAGUUCAGAGUCUGCCUAUGCCGCCAUCUUGACUUCGUUCCCACAGGGAGAAACUUUUAAUGACCCGAGUGGAAGACCAGACACAGAAGCAUAUCCCUCCCAGCACGGUGAUGAUCAUGGCGAAAGCAAAAAGCUUGUUUGCAAUGUUGAAAGAAAAGCUGGACAACUCAGCCAGUCGGCAUAUUUGGCUCUCCAACUACCGUACAAUGUACUUGGUUUAGGUCGAAGUGCAAAUUUUCUUGAUCAUCUUUAUGUUGGUAUUCCCCGUCCAUCUGGAGAGAGGUCUAUACGAAAACAAGAGUGGACUGCAAUCAUUCCCAAUUCCCAGCUAAUUGUCAUUCCGUAUCCUCACAAUGUUCCUCGAAGCUGGAGUGCCAAACUCUAUCUUACACCAAGUAACAUUGUUCUGCUUACUGCUAUAGCUCUCAUCGGUGUCUGUGUUUUCAUCUUGGCAAUAAUUGGCAUUUUACAUUGGCAAGAAAAGAAAGCAGAUGAUAGAGAAAAACGACAAGAAGCCCAUCGGUUUCAUUUUGAUGCCAUGUGACUAGCCUUUACUAUUACAUAAAGGCAAUGGAACAGCUAUUCACUUGAUUAAUUGAAAUACUAAAUUUGGACUAUAGAAGAAAAUAGGAGAUUUUGAAUAUUAUUUAUAAAUGAUGCAUCUCUUGGUGAUUAUUGGAAAGUGUUCAAAUAAACAUGGUCUGAAUGUGUCACAAGAUCUUUUUUUAAAGCACUUUUUAUACAGUAAUUUGGGUUCUUUAUUCAAUUGUGCUGUACAUUUUUGUUUCUUUGUGGAAUGUGUUGCAUGUACUCAGGUGUUUAUGUAUUUAUAAUCUUAUUAGAAUAAUGAUGAUGGGAAAAGACAUGUGUAAAUAAAAAUAUUUAAAUGAG